AGUAAACUGGGAUUGCACAAUUCGUGGAACGCGGAAAAUGAUUACAAAACUAUUACGCUUCAACGAUUUUGAAAUAAUCACUGAAUGAUUAUUACAUAACUAUGUCAUGUUACACAUAUGUCAUGCUGUAUUAUAUAUUGCAGUUACAAGAUGAAAAUAGAAUAUAAAAUAAUAAAAGACCGUGAAGAAAGUUCUAUUGCUUCACAUAUUUAAAAUGAUAUGAAUCAGGGUAUUUAGAUCAACAGGUCAUAUUAUAAGCGUAACAAACUGACAACUACUUCUACAUGAAAUUGCAAUUUGAGGAAACUGUUCCAUUUAAAGAGAAUCUGUUUGCUCCUCCGCCGAUAGAAUUCGUUCGAAGUCAGUCUCUUGUCAUAUUUUAUUGUCAGGGCAACGACAAAUCAAGGCACUCAUUUGUUCGAUCGGAACAUCAUCGAGCACCCUUGCAAGUUUAUACAAGCAUCUAACAAGCCUUGAUCUUAGUCAACGCGAUCCACGAGCCGAACAAGAAACCUCCAGGAGAGAGAAAAAUCGCGUAUGCGAACAUCUUCGUGAAAUCGAAGACUGAAAAUCCACCGAAGACGUGGAUUCGUUGAAAGGAUCCAAACGUGAGGAUACAGAACCAGUUUCAGCCGUGGAUCGCAUAAGCGAAAGUGGUCAAACGGCGGUGUCGAAACCCCGGAAAUCCCGUCGCAAGAAGCCGAAAAACGCUGCCGCCAACUCCAAGGCAAAAGCAAUGGCUACUCCCAGCGGCGAGUAUCGAAAAGAGGUACAGAAAUGCAAUUCACAAACUGGAUCGCAGUCACAGCAUCAACAACCGUGCUCCAUAUCAGCGAUUCAGAAUCAAACUAACUCGACAACGCCGAUGCGAUUAAGAUCCCUCUACACCGCGCACAGUUAUCACGCGCAAACAGAUGAGUCUAACUAUCAGCGAUACAGUGAAUUUUCCAAGUAUUUUGAAGCGCCUCCGACGGAACAAUGGGGCGGAUUAAAUAACAACUCGGCGUUUUCCAAUUCGACGGCUCUUUGGCGGCAGCCACGAAAUUCGAAAAUUAUCUCGCCCUACUAUGAGGAGACUUGCGUUUAUGCAGAGAACUGGAGGGAACACGAUACCGAAGCAACUAUAGUCGCCACGCCACAUGGGACCAUUUCCUUGAGACUUCACAACAGGAUCCGAGUAGAUAUGACAGUAGAUCGGGCAGUUAGAGUAAUUAACUUCAAGAAUAACAUUGUAUUAUCGUUGAGCGGUUCUGGAGCAGCCGCGGCAUUACUACAUCCUAAUGGAAGGAUAUAUCAAUACGGAUCACGAGUUGAAAUCCUGGCGCACGAUGCCCACGGCAAUAACAAAUACGCAAAGAUGUGGUACAAAGGGGUCAGCUUCACUUCCGAACAAUGCGCUCUUGUUUACUUAGUGGAUACAGCAGGGACGAGAACAACAACUGAUUCAUUUUCUGAUAUGAGUCAGGAUUUUGCUGUAAGCGUUUUCUACUCUCGUUCUCGACACGGUUCUGUCUGCUUACAAGAAGCUACUGCUGCUUUGAGCGCUGCUCAGUACUGGUUAACGAAUGAAGGCGUGGAAAAUUGGAUCAUCAAUAACGUCAGAAUUUCCCAGACACCAGACGGUCUUGUUAGGAUUGCUCGCAAUAGUAACAAGUAUCAAUUGCGUACAUCCCCCAGUAAUGGUACUGCCUCGUUGACUACACCAUUUUUACACUGCACUGCAUCCUUGGGCCAAACAUCUCAUCUUUUUGUACGUCGCGGUGAACGGCGAAUGCACUACGAUGGGACCAGUUUUAUCGUUCGAAAUGCAGGUCAUAGUGCUGGUUUCGACGACAACAAUCAACUGAAAGUCUAUUAAGAAAUUCUCAUACGAAUUCCUAUUAUCGUGAGCUUCUUGAAGGCUACCGCUACAACAACGCAACUCAUCGCAUCCAGUAUACAGAUUUACUUUUAACGUCCUAAUGCAACUAUGUGAAACUGAAAAAUAUGUCAUAUAUUUUGGAACUCGAUGGUACAGCAAGCCAACAAAGAUUGUAACCAGUUUUUAAGUUUAGAAAUUUAUUUGAAUUCUAUUUUAAAGAUGUUUAGUAAUUUAAUUGAAUUGCCUUCAUUUACCCGAAAACAUAGCACCAGGUGUGGAGUACAAUAAAAUGUUCCUUUAAAUUCGGAAAGAUUAAUAUUUUCGCUAACUUGUUCCCUAUACUACUUUGUACAUUUCUUAAUAAAUAAUAUGGCUUUAA